AGUAAUCAGUUCACUCUGUGCCUUCAGUGAGUUCACAACUCGAUCUUCUUACAAUCUUGCCAUGGUGAAUAAGAAGUGUGGAACCUGUAGGCGCCCAAUUUGCUAUCGUCGGCACACUGGUGUGCCGUGUUCGGGCAGCUGUGGCAAUUGGUAUCACGUGCGCUGUGCUGAGCCAUCAAUUGAACCCGUGGAAACCAACGACUUGAUAGCCGGUCUGACGAGUUGGAAGUGUGCCCGAUGUCAAAAUCGCAGUCGUAAACCGUCUAUUCGUUCGCGCAGAGCAUCUACGGAUGAACCAGAGACCCAGAUGACCCUGGUCACGCAGAAGAUGUAUCUGAUGCUGUUCGAAGAAGUCAUGUCCCUGAAGACGGAGAUGAUUUCCUUGAAAGCGGAGAUGAAGGAGAUGAUUUCCCUAAAAACAGAGAUGAUGCAGUUCAAAGCAGAUAUCCUAUCUGCUCUUCUUAUGCCCGGCGUAACAUCUUCUGCAUUGCUGCGGACUGGAUUUUCCCCUACUGGUGAAGCUGAGAAGAUAAAGGUCGAGGUUAAGACUGAGCCUUGUGGAGCAGAUAACAAUAGUGGUAAUAAUUUGAUUGCUUCACUCGACCUCAGUGAUAGUUGCCCGUUCUGCAAUUCAACUCAGUAGGAAUUUCAUUGAUUUAGAACCGAUUAAAUCACGAAUUUGAUAAAGCUUAAAAGUAUCAAUGCGUUAUAGAGUAAAAGCCUUUAAAAGAUAAAUGUAUAUCCA